GUACUUUGUUUCAAUCAAAUGAAUUAUUGUUAGGACUAUCUGAAUCAGAUAUAGGAAACAAUGAAUAAGUACUAAUUAAUCUUUGCAUGAUUUAUCGAGAUGGAUUCGUAUCAAUAACAUGAGUAUAUAAGAACGAGCAAAAAGUCGAAACAACAUGACUUGACAGCAGUCGACUUAUAAAAAUUUAUCAAAAUGAGAACAAUUUAUUUCCUCACAUUCCUUGCUCUUCUCGUCUUCGUUGCCGUGUCGGCACAAGAAGAAGAAGCUGUUCCAAAUGAACAACUCAAAGAAAAAUUGCAAGGAGAAGAAGAAUUUGCUUCUUGCAAAAUAGGUGGAGAUUUAGCGUGCAGUCUGGGUUGUAUUGCACAAGGCCAUGGAAGAGGUGGAUAUUGUAACAAUCAAGAAAUAUGUGUGUGUAACUGAAAUGUUAUCUGAUACAAUUAAUACUUAUGAUUAAUUAAUAACUACUUAUGGUCCAUAAAUUUUUAAUACCAAUGUUCUAAUUUGUAACAACAAAUGUGACAAUUAUAAAUUUCUCAAAUUUUA